CCGUUAUAAAUAUGUGCAAUUUUAUUGUAUUAUUUUUAUUGUGAACAUCAUUCCAUCUUUGUAAUUAUUCUCGUAAAAGUGAAAAUGCGAAGAAUCCAGAUGAAAUUUUGAUUCUCUCCAUGAAUCAAAACUUGUGUAAAAGCAAUGAAUGAGGAACGAAAUAGCCAUGUGAAUGAAUAUUGAAGGUCUUAUAAUAAAUUUAAAUUGUUGAUUGUAAAAGCUGAAAUUUCAAUGGCGAAUUGUUCACAAAUCUCCACUGAAUUUACAUUAAUGAAGUCGGAAAACGAUUGUAAUUAUACAAAUGAAACACUUAUUUAUGACUGCAUCAUUCAAAAGCUUUUUCAUAAUCCAGGGUGUCUGAAAGUUCGUGAUGACAACUUAUCCAUUCCUGUUGAUUUGUCAAGCAAAACUCUAAAUAUAAGUUGUAAUUACACCAUUGUUUGUUUUCCAGAUCCAAUUGCUCUCAGUGGUCUCAUAAUAACAUUGAUCGGAUUAGUUCUUGGAUUAAUAAUAAUAUUCAAUAGAUAUCUAUUCACCGCACCCAGAAAGAACAAUGCAUUCAUCGUGAUAACCUUGAUCAUUCUAAUUGUCGGUGCUGCAUUUCUAAUGUUUUACGCACAAUGGUACGAACAACUUAUUUCUAUAUCUACGGCUACCUUGCUCCUCAUCAUAGCCAUUUUCUUGAGCGAAAAGCCAGAUCGUAUAAAAAGGAAAUGGAAGAUACUCUUGUUUGCAAUGUGUGGUGGAUUCCUUUUCACUGGUUUUAUUCUCAUGGUUGUGUGGCUGAUUCUAAAAUCCACUGGCCUACAAGUUGCAAUCAUGGUUUGUUGGUGCGGCGCAAUGUUCAUUGUAAGUUCUGAAAAAAUAAACAAUUGCAAUUACACAUGGUCCAUCGAUUAUUAUGCUGCUAAAUAUAUAUGCUUCUGUAGAAUUUAGAACUAAGAAGCAUUAUUGACCAUCUGUCAAUAAUUGAAAGAUCAAAAUGCAAAUUACUUACUGUUCAUUUUGUAUGUAUGAAUGUUUAGAAACUACGAAGUUCUCAAAACUGUAUCUGUAUAUGUUUAUUAUUUCACUGAUACAUAUAUUUAUAACAGUGCUACAAUGAUGAAGUAACCAUCUACGUUUUCAUAAUCACAGGUGAUGACAUUCACAAAAUACUAUUUGAAGAAAUACUAUGAACAUGAACAGAAUUCAAAACUCUACAAUGUUUUUGUAUUGGUGUAUGAAAAUAUCAUACUUGUAAUCACUUUACAAAUUUCUUUAAAUGCAACCAUCGAUUGUCGUUUAUCAAAUCAGAAAAUGAUUGAACACAAUAACUCAAAGCUUUUCCAUUGACUGUUUUAGUUAGUUUACAGAUAUUCAUAUAUGUUCAUGAUGAAUAGUUUGAAGAUAAUUGUAAAGUGCACUGUCAUUUAUAAUAGAUGUUCUGAU